GCGCCGGGGCCUCGCAGGGGAGGGGGCUCGGCGUUGACGUGGGACGCGGCGGAGGCGCCGCAGCCGGUGGUGAUUUGCUAACCUAGCGGCAGAGAGGAGUUAAGGGUGAUGAGAGCGGGUACUGCGAACUGUCGGGCGAUGCCGCCGCUGCCGCUGUGAGAUCCGGAGCAACAGUUCCCCAGCAACACCCCUUCCCCGAUCCAGGCACACCCCUCACCCCCCAGGCACGCACACCCACCCCAAGCUCCAGGCUCGGCAAGCGUCCUUUCUGCUAGCCCAGGAAGCCUACCCUGCCCCACCACGCAGAGCAAAGAAGGAAAGAGAGCCCCAUGCCUGAGCCAAGGGGAGCAUCAUGGAUCUGACAAAGAUGGGUAUGAUCCAGCUGCAGAACCCUAGCCACCCUACGGGGCUGCUGUGCAAGGCCAAUCAGAUGCGACUGGCCGGGACUCUGUGCGAUGUGGUCAUCAUGGUGGACAGCCAGGAGUUCCAUGCCCACCGGACAGUGCUGGCCUGCACCAGCAAGAUGUUUGAGAUUCUCUUUCACCGAAACAGCCAGCACUAUACUCUGGACUUCCUCUCGCCAAAGACCUUCCAGCAGAUUCUGGAGUAUGCCUACACGGCCACACUGCAAGCCAAGGCAGAGGACCUCGAUGACCUGCUGUAUGCAGCCGAGAUCCUGGAAAUUGAGUACCUGGAGGAACAGUGCCUGAAGAUCCUGGAGACCAUCCAGGCAUCCGAUGACAAUGACACAGAGGCCACCAUGGCAGAUGGCGGGGGUGAAGAAGAAGAGGACCGCAAGGCUCGAUACCUCAAGAACAUCUUCAUCUCGAAGCAUUCCAGCGAGGAGAGUGGGUAUUCCAGCCUGGCUGGACAGAGUCUCCCCGGACCCCUGGUGGACCAGAGCCCUUCGGUCUCCACCUCUUUUGGGCUUUCAGCCAUGAGUCCUACCAAGGCAGCAGUGGACAGUUUGAUGACCAUAGGACAGUCUCUCCUGCAAGGAACUCUUCAGCCACCUGCAGGACCCGAGGAGCCCACACUGGUGGGGGGUGGGCGGCACUCUGCAGUGGCUGAGGUGAAGACAGAGAUGAUGCAGGUAGAUGAAGUCCCUGGCCAGGACAGCCCUGGGGCAGCUGAGUCCAGCAUCUCAGGAGGGUUGGGGGACAAGCUUGAAGAAAGGAGCAAAGAGGGGCCUGGGACUCCCACUAGGAGCAGCGUCAUCACCAGUGCCAGGGAGCUUCAUUAUGGGCGAGAAGAAAGUGCUGAGCAGCUUUCACCUCCUGUUGAAGCUGGUCAGGGACACCCUGGGCGACAGGAGCCCCUGGCACCACCAGUGGAGAAGCAUUUGGGCAUCUACUCAGUGCUGCCCAACCACAAGGGCGAUGCUGUGUUGAGCAUGCCGUCUUCAGUGACCUCUGGUCUCCAUGUGCAACCUGCCCUGGCCGUCUCCAUGGACUUCAGCACCUAUGGGGGCCUGCUGCCUCAGGGCUUCAUCCAGAGGGAGCUGUUCAGCAAGCUGGGUGAGCUGGCUGUGGGCAUGAAGGCUGAGAGCCGUCCUCUGGGGGAGCAGUGCAGCGUGUGUGGGGUCGAGCUUCCAGACAACGAGGCCGUGGAGCAGCACAGGAAACUGCACAGCGGGAUGAAGACGUACGGGUGUGAGCUCUGCGGAAAACGGUUCCUGGACAGUCUGCGACUGAGAAUGCAUUUACUGGCUCAUUCAGCGGGUGCCAAAGCCUUUGUGUGUGAUCAGUGUGGUGCCCAGUUCUCAAAGGAGGAUGCUCUGGAGACACACAGACAGACCCAUACUGGCACGGACAUGGCUGUUUUCUGUCUCCUGUGUGGGAAACGCUUCCAGGCCCAGAGCGCGCUCCAGCAGCACAUGGAGGUCCACGCGGGCGUGCGCAGCUAUAUCUGCAGCGAGUGCAACCGCACCUUUCCCAGCCACACAGCUCUCAAGCGUCACCUUCGCUCACACACAGGUGACCACCCAUAUGAGUGUGAGUUCUGUGGCAGCUGCUUCCGGGAUGAGAGCACACUCAAGAGCCACAAGCGCAUCCACACCGGGGAGAAGCCCUAUGAGUGCAACGGCUGUGGCAAGAAAUUCAGCCUCAAGCACCAGUUGGAAACGCACUACAGGGUUCACACAGGUGAGAAGCCCUUCGAGUGCAAACUCUGCCACCAGCGCUCCCGAGACUACUCGGCCAUGAUCAAGCACCUGAGAACGCACAAUGGCGCCUCGCCCUAUCAGUGCACCAUCUGCACGGAGUACUGCCCCAGCCUCUCCUCCAUGCAGAAGCACAUGAAAGGCCACAAGCCGGAGGAGAUCCCCCCCGACUGGAGGAUAGAGAAGACAUACCUCUACCUGUGUUAUGUGUGAAGCAGGGAACCCCCCCACAUAGGAUAGAGCAAUGGCGGGAGCCCGCAAAGAUGAGCUAGAGCAAGAUAAAGUGGAAAGACUGUGCAGAGAAAAAAGGGGGAAAUAGAAAAGAGAAAGAGAGAGAAGGAGAAGGAAACUAAGUAGUUACUUGGCCUUGGAUUCCUUCUGGGAUUCUAGGCCAUCCGGUUGUCAUACUGCUGCCCCUUCCUUGGGGUUUCUACCCAACUUGGUUCUCUUGGGUGGGUGGGGUGGUUUUGCUCAUUCACACAGUGGCAUAUUUUUCUCCUCUCCGCAUCCUAGACCUUUCUUUUGUGUCCAGAAAUGGAGCCCAAAAAGCAAGUGCGAGGUCCUUGGGUCAGAGCCACUGCCUCUGCCCUCACUCCUUCCUUCCCCUCCUUGGAAGAGGGCAGGAAGGGAGCAGAGAGGGCCACUGGUGGCAAUGCGAGGUGGUGUCUCUGAUUGACUGCCGCUCAGAGUGGCGGCUCUGGAAGACUGGGGGCAGACUGGGAAGGGAAAGGGCUUCCUGCUCUGCCCAGCGCUGCCUGCUGCCCCUCAUGGUCUCUGAGAGCCCCAUGGCUCGUCUCACCCUUCAGCUCCUUGCACCUGCUUGAUGGCUGUCCUCUGAUCACAAGGGGCUCACUCCCUGUGUGGAUCUGGACUGUGUCUUCCUUAGGUCCCUCCUGGGGAAAACUGGGUCAGAUUCCAAAACCCCUUCCUUCUUUCCCUUAGCUUUCAGAGAACACAGAACAAAAUAAAUCCGCACUGAACCCCAGCCAAACCCCCUCAUGUGCAAGAUCCCUGCUGACCUGCUUUCUGCUUGCAAAAAGGAAACAAAACAAAAACCAACUAAAUAUAUUCCAUCCCACCAUCCAAACAAGCACACAUCACCGCAACCCCACUUCGGCCCCUAGGGGAAGGAAUGCCAUCAUCCUAUUGAAAGGUCCCAUUGCCAGGAGAAGGAGUGGAUGCUCUCCUGCGGGUGAACUUUACCUGCCGGAGGGACUGGAUGUCCUGACAGAGCAUGGUGGGAGAACUAGCCACCAGGCGCAGGGUGGAGGGGAGUUGCUAUCACAGUGAGGAUCUUUUAACCCCAGAUCUGGAAAUUAGCACUGAAUUCCUGGCUCGGGUCCCGCAGUCUCCAGGGAUCAGGGAGGAGGAGCCGAACACGCUUUGGCCUCUUGUUACGUUUGCUUUUAGCACAUUGUACUUGAAUUACCUCACUUUUUAUUUUUUGUGACCUCAUGAGCUUUUUAACCCCCUAUCUCUUUUCCCCCCUUUGGUUGCGUGGGGAGGGUUGUUGGAGGAAUGGGGAGAGUGUGUCUUUCUGUUCCAGCAGAAGUUAAUAGUUGGCUUUGAAUCUGAUCUGGUAGAAAACCUCCCCUUCUCUGGAGGGAAGCUGUCCGGAAAAGUGGACCACUCAGGAUCUGAAUGGAAGGCCAGGAGGACUGAGGAGGUGGUGGGAAUGGAGAGAAUGACAAUUGGGUGGGUUCUUAGGGCCCCUGUAGUGUCACGUACGGGUCAUUCUUGGCACCGUCCAGGGCUCAGACUAUCAGUGCCCAGCUUUAGGUCAGCCUGAAACACUUUAGAGGAAAGUCCCACUGGUUGUAGAAUUAUCAGGGCUGUUCAGGCUUGGUGGGGCAGAGGGUGGGCUGUUAUUAAGAUCUAUACAACCACACAGUCCCCUCCUUGUGCUGUUACCACUGCCAAAAUUAGUAUAUUUUCAUGGCUGGUAUGUGUGUGAGGAGCGGACCAGCCUGGUUUUUGUUUUUUGUUUGUUUGGGUUUUUUGGGGGGGGUUGCUGGGUGGGGGAUUGUUUUUCUAAAAGCUACCUCUUCUGUUUGUCCAGUCUUUCGUUCCUUCUGCAGUUCAGCCUCCUCCCACCCUCCAGCCUCCCCACCCUGAAUUUUGGAAAGCACAUUUGCAGUAAUCCCUUUUGCUUUGGGAUGAGCCCUCCCUUUCAUGCUUACGUAUAACUGUUGCUUUCCUCCUCCUCCUCCUCCUCCUCCUCCUCCUCCUCCUCCUCCUCCUCCUCCUCCUCCUCCUUUUCUGAGACAGUCAUAGCUGUGUUUUGAUCUUAGGGUUUAAAAAGUGGUUUAGGGAAGCCAUUGGCAGGGGCAAAGGCCCGUGAAGAAUAGCAGAAGGUCCGAGGGAUGGGCGCUGCUGUAACCACUCCCUCUGUCCCUCGGCCAAGCCCCUGUCCCUCCCAUCUUCCCCUUCAAUCUCAUCUGCCAUAUCUGAAGGCCUUAAAAAGUGUGUGUUGGGAGGAUGUGGUUUGCGGGUGCUUGCCCCUCCAGUGUGAAGUAGGGAUGGUAAAGUACAGGGGGCGCUAUUUCGGAACUAUAGUUAGUAGUGACUUAGUGCUUUGGGGAGGCAAAAAGUUUAAACUUGAAACAUGUGACCAGAACCGUUGUCAUGUUUAUAAUGUGAAAAGAGAAUCUUUCUAGGGAAGAGCCAUCUGUAAAAAUCCUUCUGCACUAUGGCUCUCUCCCCCAGACCAGGGGGAUAAAGUGGGAGCUGCUGACCUUUGGGGGUUCUGUAAAUCUGAGAAAACAGUAUUUUUAGCAGUAAGAUGUCAUUCAAAAUUGGUGGCAGGGGGUGGGGUGGGUAAAUAGCCAACUGUUCCAUAGAACUGACUGGUCCCUUGCUUCCCAGCCCUUCCCACUCAGCCUGCCCCUCCCACCGCUCCUUCUGCCCAAUCAUAAAAGUUUGAGACGGUUGAGCAGAUCUUUGCAAACUGUAAUAUUUUUGUAGUAUUUGUUAGCUCCUUCUUCAGUUCUGCAGGACCUUGCUCUUUCCUUUUGUAAUGUGAAUAGGAAAAAAAGAUUUAAAAAGAGAAAAAGUUAAAAAAAAAAAAGUUCACCACCAUCAAUAGCAAAAUAACCCUUUGUACGUAUGUGUAUGUGUAUAUGUGUGUAUGUGCUUGUGUUGUGUGUGUGUGUGCGUGCUUGUGUCGUGUCCUGUGUCUGUGUGUGUGCGCAUGCGCGACUGGAGGUGAAUCCAUGCUGCGUUGUCUGUGCUGCUGUCUCAGUGUUGGAUGGUACUCAAUCAGCACCUACCUGCCCUGUCUGUCCCUGAGGAUUCUGGGAAUCCUAGUGGAGGCAGGGACAGCUUAGAAAGGACACUUUCCUUGUUUCCCUUGCAGCCCGGACCCCAAGAUGUUCCAGCAUGCCUCUCCUCCAGCUCCCACUCACAAAGAGGAAACGGUUUUCAGGUUGCCAGGACCUUUUCUGCUGGGCUUGAUGGCCACUGGGCAGGUAGGGGGCUGUUGGGAAGCUUUCUGGAGCCCCCACAAUUGGGGAAACUAGAAGGAUGGCGGCACUUUCCUUCCCAGGGAAGCUAGAAUUGUAUUUAUUCCAGUCCUCUUUGAGACUUCUGGUUUGUCAUUCUUUGCCUUUGGUAGUAUUCUUACCAAACCCAAUACUGCCUUAUCUGGCUCUGUGACCUUCUCCCGCCUAGCAAAUCCAAGCUGCUCACUGGUCCCUCCCCUUGCCCAGUUUCUACGAAUGAAUCCUUAAUGCAUUUGGUGACCUUGAUCCUUCCCUCAGUGUUCCUCCCCUCCUCACUCCUUUAUGCAUUUAAAGCAUUAAAAUCCUAUGUGUAUAUGGGAUAGACAAAUAUAUAUAUAUAUAUAGAAAGAGAUAUAGCAAGAGAGAUAUAAAAUAGAAAAAUGACAUUGCUGCUCGGCUGCUUUACAUGAAGAAGAGGAAGGCAGAUCUGGGUACAAGGGUGGAUCGGAAGGCUGGGGGAACCCAGUGAUUCAGUACAAUCCAGGGAUGCUACACGGGCUUAUUUAAAUCUUUGUGCCUGAACAGUUUUUUUCAUGUUUAGAAAAGAAAAAAAAAAAACUGCUGCAAAUUUUUACAAGUGUAUGGUACGCUUCCAGAUGCAAUGGGUGUGACCGGGUGAGAGGGCCAGGGCCCUUUGUUAGAGGGGAGCAAGCAGGAAGCACUUUUGGUCUUGGGCCAUUAUGGGGGGAGUAGAAUGGGUAGACUUUCGGCCAAUCCCCUGGCAAGCCAGACUAGGGUGGUCACUGGGGACACUGAUCCGUGAGACAGAUGCAUAAAGAGCUGGGGUUCUGUUGGUUUAUUUUUCCUUCUGCUUGUUUUGCCACCCCCUUCCAUCCGGUCUCCUCCUCUCCUGGAACUUCCGGCUUGGCUCCUGUGGCUUCAACUUAUCUGGAGAUGCCCGUAGGAGGACUAACAGCAGAACUCAUGAGUGGAGGGGGGGAAAGAGAUGCCCAAAAGAAGGGUGCAGGGCAAACAGAAUAGGUGUGAUCAGGGGAAAGGAUGAGGAGAAAGGAGUAGAAGCCCCAGCAAGCCUGCCUGCCUACCAGCAGCUCUGAGUCCUCGGCUCCUGGGUGGCCCACUUUGCAGACAGGGUCCCUCCUCCCCGCGUGUAUCAUAGUGUUUGUUCACAUAGUGUUAUGCAUGCAUCCUUGUAAGGUGAAGAACCGUCAUGAUGCACCAUGCCAUCGCCCUAUAUAUAAAGAUAAAUAUAUAUAUAUAUGUAUGUAAGUUAUAGCACUGAGGGCCCUGUGGCCCUGCUGGACCAAGCAAAACUAAGCCUUUUGGUUUGGGUGUUAUGUUUUGUUCCUUUUUUUUUUUUUUUUUUUUUUUUUUGCUUGUCUGAUGUAAGAGCACAAGUGCCAGUCCAAUUGCUUUGUAUCACAGAAUAGUGUUUUUAAUUCAUCAAUGUUCUAGUUAAUGUCUACCUCAGCACCUCCUCUUAGCCUAAUUCUAGGAGGUUGCCCAAUUUUGUUUCUUCAGCUUUCUUGGUUCUUUUCGUUGUUGUACAAAUCAAUCUCCCCACCCUGGUCUCUUCCUCCUUCUUCCUCUCCUCUUCACCUACCCUCUUUUCCCCUCAGGUCCUCCUCCCUCCUGUCAGUCCCAUCUCUCCCUCCCCUUGCCUCACUUUCCCCCAGUCCAGAUUGCCAGUUCUUUCUGUCCACUCGAAGUACGCUCCCCUCCAUUGCCGCUUAUCCACACCUGCCUUCGUUUCGUGUAGAUUGAUGCAUUUCUUUGUAACUUCAGUGUUUCUGACAAGAUUUAAAAAAAAUUAAGGAGAAAGACGACUUUCCUGCUGCAGGUUUUUUUCUUCAUGUGUCACUAAGUGAAGUUUGUGCCUUCUAUAGCAAAGAGAAUAUUUUUUACAUCCUACUAACAGUAGAUUUUUUUGUAGUGAACAUUUUUUGUAUUUUUAUUUAUAAGUCUCAUAAGAAAAAUAGCGAUGUUCAGUUGUAUACCUUGAAUCUGCAGUUAGAAGAGAAUAAAGUUAAUUCAGUUGUCUCUGGC